AUGCUCAUUGAGAAGCGCGCUUGGCUCCAGCAGCACUUUGUUGAAGGGCGUCUGAGGGAGCGGAGUCUGGGUGCUCGGCGGGGGAGGCGCGGGCUGCAGGUCGGCUGUUCAAAGACUGGCUUCUGCAUUGUGGUGGGCUGUUUGCAGUGGGGAGGCCAGCUUGUGUUUUUGUUCGGCCCUCCUCCCACCCCUCCCCUGGCCUGGCGGGGGGUCCAGCAGGGUCCAAGGCUCCCGGGGCAGUCACUGGAAGCCCCAUGCCCAGAGGGUCCCACAGAGGGUCCCACAGAGGGCCCCACAGAGGGUCCCACAGAGGGUCCCACUGUCACAUGA